GAGCAGAACAUCGCUGAUAGUACGAAGAUGAUUCUACUUGCAGUGAAAGUCUUGUAUAUUCUAUAAUAGAGCUGAUGUCAAAAAUAUUGGCAUUAUAUUAUGCCAAUGAUUGUCAGUUUAUUCUUUUUGUUGAGCAUUGUUGAUGCGCACAUUUAUCCACCUCCUUUUUACCAUGAAAAAGAGAAGAAAAAGAAAAUCAUGGAAAAGAGAAAGAUUUAUGUUCAGAGAAAGUCAUUUUUAUUUUUCCUUUAUAACAAUCGGCAACUCUGCCACAUAGUACUUCUCAGUCCCAAGGGUCCAACCAGUCCGUAGUCUGGAUUCCCGUGCAGGGCUCCACUUGUUGAAUCCUCUCGAAAGAGGAAACUUCAUCACAAGACGACUUAGAACCCUAAGCCAGAAUCAUGAGGCAGGUAGUUCACCGCAUCUACGGAGUAUACUGCGUUGGUCGCUUGAACCACUAUCAUUUUAUAGGCGCCCAGUGAUCUGGCAGUCAUGAUGCUGUAGGGAGGACCAACCGGGAAAAAGGGAAAAAAAAAUAUCGGAUGGCUGGUCAUGCAAUGCCCAUGCCCAUAUAUGGUCCAUUGACUGUCUCCCAACG